GGUCCCGCUCCGCUGCCUGGCCUCUCUGACCCCAGCUGAGAGGUAACGCGUCCCGGACCGAGCCCCUGUGGGUGUGGCCCGGGCUCGCUCGCGCCCCGUCGCCGCACUUCGGUUGUCUCCCGCGCCCACCUCCUCAUUUCUGCCUCCUCCCUCAGUCCCUCUUAGUCCCUGCCCCCAGCUGCGGGACACUCAAAGCCCCAGGAACUAGUCACGAUGUCAGAGGCGGCGGGAAAUCUCAAUAGCCUCCGCUUGGCGAAUGUGGCCCUGCGAGAGGAGUUAAAUGCCCUUCGAGGAGAGAAUGCCCAUCUGGGCCUGCAGCUCGGAAGAGCCUUGGCUGAGGUUAAUUCCUUGCGGGGCAAUGUCUCGAGCUACAUCCGCUGGCCGAUGCCCAUAGUGCCCGUCCUUGCCGAGGAGAACUUUGAGUUACUGAUCAAUGAGACCGAUCCCACUCCCGAGGAGGAGGAGGAGGAGGAGGAGGAGGAGGAGGAGGAGGAGGAGGAGGAGGUGCCGUUCCUGUGCUGGCCUCCUCCUCGCACAGAUCCCGAGUAUGUCUCAGAUGAUCUUUUGAUUAACGUGGUCCAGGACUAUACCAACCCCGACGGGUCCACUGACCCUCCUCUGUCACCCAGCCUGUCCCAGUCGGAGCUGCACUCAAAGGAGCCACCCCUGCAGGCCCUUCUGCCACCGCUGGAGCGGCCAGACAUAGAACCAUUUUCAGGCGACCCAGUCUACCUGGCUGAAUUUCUGAUGCAGCUAGAGACUUUCAUAGCCAAUCACGAGGAUCACUUCCCUGGGGGCGCGGAACGGGUGGCCUUUCUGAUUUCUUUUUUCACAGGGGAAGCGAGAGACUGGGCUAUCUCAGUCACUCAGGAAGGAAGCUCCUUGCAUGCCAACUUCCCGCGCUUCCUGGAUGAAAUCCGUAAGGAAUUCUGUGGCCCUAUCCCCUCACGCGUGGCUAAAAAGGCCAUCCGUAAGCUCAAGCAGGGAGAUUGUACCCUGGGCAGCUAUGCAGAUGCUUUUCAAUUCUUGGCCCAGUUCUUGUCUUGGGAUGACUGUCGCCUCCAAAAGCAAUUCCUCAAAGGCUUGUCAGAGUUUUUCCGAAAGGAACUCUUAUGGUCAACUGAAAUGGCAGACCUGGAUGAGCUGAUUCUUGAGUGUGCGGAGAUAGAAAGGAAAGUGCGUGUCCCCAAGGCAGCCCCACUCCCUGAAGUUCAAAAUAGCGUCUACCAUUUUGUUCCAGUUCCUAAUGAGGAUGACAAUGAAGGUGUGGAGUGCUAUACUGAGGAUGAGGGUGAAGAGGCAGGCGGGCACAGGCUUUAUGUGAUGGACCAGAGGAAGCACAUGAAUGUUUUCUCACAAGAGCUGAGGGAGGAGGAGGAGAUGAGGAAGGAGGAAGAAGAGAUGGAGGAUGAGGAAGAUGAGUAUGAGGAAGAUGAGUAUGAGGAUGAAGAUGAGGAGGAGGAGGAGGAAGAAGAGGAGGAGGAGGAGGAGGAGGAAGACAAGGAGGAAGAGGAGAUGAGGAAGAAUGAGGAUGGUGAUGAAAAUAAGUAUGAGGAGGAUGAUGAAAUUGUGGUUAGGGUCCUGGAGUCAGAAGACGAGCAAGGGAGGGAAGAGAUUCAGCAUGUGUAUGUGCACGACUACAUGCAUGUACACAUGCAUGCACUUGCUGCCCACCAUCAUGGCCUACAUGGAGAGCUGAUAGAGAUGGAAGAGCCUGUCCUUGUUGACACUUCAACCCAGACCAUUAGCUCUGGGAUAGGCUACCAUGCUGAGAAUUACCUAGGCGUACCACCUCCGAUACAUUCUAGCAGACAGAGAAACCGAGUCCCACUUCUGGAGGGUCUUCCAGAUACCAAUGCUCCCUUCUACAGUUCACCACCACUGAUUCGCCACGCAGCUCGCUUGGGGCAACGCCAAAUGCGAAGACGGCCCUCAGUGCUCUUCUGCCUCACCCCUAGACAGGGGGGGCACCGAGCUCAAGGCCGAAUUCGAGUGUGAAUGCUGGGGUGACUCGGUCACGGGGAACACACCCUUCUACUGCAUCCCUUGCCCUCGCUAUUGCUGCUGUGUCUGCCCCAUCUACUGACCAGUCUUUAAGAAAGUUCCAGACCUGAAGAACUCAAAGAAGACCUGCAGAAUUCCAGACUGUUUUGCAACUACAACCAGAGAGUGAAAUGUGCCCAACCAAGGCCAUCUAGGGAAGGAGAGGUCAGUCAAUACUCACUAUUCUCUUGUCAGGUACUCUGCUCGGUCCUCACCUAAGAUGGAGAGCGAGUUUCUGGGCCUGUUCGUGUAAAUGCACUGGUCACCUGUGUCUUCUCCUCUAGUCGUCCCCAAUCGUUGCCUCUCCUGUGUUUCUUUGCCCUGUGUCCUGUGGUUUUAUCCUGACUGGCCCAACAGGACUUCACCCAAUGCCUCAGUGAUCAGCCCCAGUGAUCUGAAGGACAGGCUACACGAAACUCUUGAUGUCACUGAGACCACUUACUGGACAAUGAGCAGAAUGGCACCAAGAAAUACAUACUUGCCAUAUUUCCAGCAGAAGGGCCCGAAAGAGGAACCUACACCUAGCACUGUGAGAAUAUGCAAAGUCACGUGUGCAAUGGACACCUUGACUAAGAUUUAGUCUCUUUGGCUGAUGGUGGCAGACUUUGAGUCCUGGAUUUACCUUCCCUCAGACUCCUGCACCAGGACACUUGAGCAGGCUUUGGCCGCCUUUCCCUUAAAGGACUAGCAUUAAGGGUAGGCAGAGGCAGAGGUGGCAGCAGCACCACAACUCAGUUUGACAUCCUAAGGAGUGAACAGGGCCCUUUUUGCCCAGCUAGGCUUUGGCCUGCAGCCAAAGGCCUCUGAGGAGACUGUAUCCUCAAGGUGGUGGAGGUGGCCUUGCUGGCCUGCUCUUUAAGCCCCUCUGACUCAUUUCUGAAAGAAGAAAACAGGGCCAGCUCUCCAGAGACUGCAUCCAUGAAGCACUGCUGCCCAACACCUCCGCCGCCCUAACACGAGGGUCAAUCCCUCCCAGGCCUGUUGCCAGCAUGGCUUAAGGGGUGACUGCCUGCUAUAUACUCCAGGGACUUCUUGGGCACAAAUUCAGGUGCCCUUAAAAAGAGACCUGCUGUCCAGUUUGGGUCCACAAAAUACUGCCACUGCAGUGAAACUACACAUGUACUAUAUCAGUUCUGACCACAAAAUGGCAGCCCAAUUCACUGCUGGCCCAGCUUGACCCUGGACACUGAACUUGCUGCACAGUGCUCAGCAGCUGGGCACGUGUAGCCCCAGGGUCUGUGGCCAGCAGGAAAACAGCAAAUGGAGUAUGUUCCUCACUGGAGUCUGAAGAUGAGAACCUGGCCCUAGAAUUUGAACCUAAGACCAGAGGAAGGAACCUGAGGAAGAGGAGUCCUAGACAGACCUAGUCCUCAGACUGGUUUAGGGUGAGAUCUCUGUUCAUCAGCAAGAGCUUCUUUCCUCAGGCGAGAGUUCCAGAAGGGAAAACACCGUUAUUUGAAGCUAUGGAGCCUAUCUGCUGAUGGCAACAUGCCGGUCAUGCUGUCUGUGUGCUUGUGGAGAAGUGCAAAGCGCAGGCGUCCUGUACCUCACAUUCCACAGACCUCCGUGGCAUAGGCCUUGCCUGAUGCUGUGGUGCUUCUUACUCUGAACACGUGUAGCCUCAGCCAGGGAGAGCACGCUUGAGCAGUAAACUGGUUUGUAGGCCUCUGGGGGCAAAGGGGGCUUGGAUUUCCUUUGACCUUUUCCCUUCUUUCCCAGAACUUCAAUAUUUUGUGAUGUGACAGCUACAGGAGCUGUCCGAAGCUUUGAGUGCCUCCUUGGGU